UAUAGAACUAGUAACACCUCUUUCGUUCAAGGGGCUCGGUGAACGGUUUAAUAGCAAAUCCGGGUAAAUAGUGUACAUAACAGUGUUAAACAAUAACAAAAAGAAUAAAAAAUUAUUUGAAUUAAUACGUGUAGAUAAAAACAAACCAAAUAUCUUCCGAAAAACAAAACUCUCAAAAACAUCAUGACUUCCAUUGUUCCUUCAACCCAUAAUCCAGACAUAGUCAAAGAACGAAAAAAUGCCACCUGCAGCAGUGAGGAGAUCGCCGUAUGGUAUCAUGGUGGAGCUGAGAAAUUGAAGAACAAACGUGAAAUCGAAAGAGAAAUUUUCGCUGACCUUGAAACAGAUUAUGGCCUUAAGCAUGAAUAUCUCGAUCAUGAAGGUGUCUAUAAUCGUGCCGUUGAACAGGCUACCAAGGCUGCCAAGAAAUUGCGACGAUUGCAGAAAGAAAGAAAUCCCGGUGGAACAGAAAUUUGGCCGGGAGGUCUUUAUGAUGCCAGCAGUCCUGGUAUACUGCCAGCCAACAGCCCUCUCUCCACACAUCUGACCAUGUUUGUUGAUGUAAUUAAGGGUCAAGGUACACCAGAGCAGGUGGAAAAAUGGGCGGGACUAGCAGAAAAUUGCAACAUCAUUGGCACCUAUGCGCAGACCGAACUGGGUCAUGGUACCAAUGUAAGAGGCAUAGAAACAAGAGCCGACUAUGAUCGCAAAACCCAGGAGUUUGUGCUCAAUACACCAUGUCUGCAAGCCUACAAAUGGUGGCCUGGAGGAUUGGGUCAUACCGCCAACCAUGCCAAUGUUGUAGCCCAGUUGUACAUCGAUGGUGAGCACAAAGGCAUUCAGAUGUUCAUUGUGCAAGUUCGUGAUCUGGAAACCCAUAUGCCUAUGCCGGGCAUUGAUAUUGGUGAGAUAGGCAAAAAAAUUGGUAUGCAUGCUGUGAAUCAAGGUUUCUUGGGCCUUAAGAAUGUUCGCAUACCCCGUGAUCAAAUGUUGAUGAAAAAUACCAAAGUUAUGCCUGAUGGUACAUUCAUUGAAAGUCCUGCUUCAAGAUUAUCCUACAUGACCAUGGUCUAUACCCGUUGUUUAAUUGUUAAUCUGGAUGCGCUGUAUCUUUUGGAGGCGGCCACAAUCGCUACCCGUUAUUCGGCUGUAAGAAGACAAAGUCCCAUUAAUCCAGAUGAUCCCGAGCCUCAAAUUAUGGAUCAUGUCACCCAACAGCUUAAACUUUUCCCUGAAAUUGCCUCCGGAGUUGCCUACCAUCUGGCUGCCGAACACAUGUGGGAAUUGUACUAUCUAACCGUUGAUGAAAUUAACAAUGGCAAGUACUCCCGCAUGCCCGAAAUUCAUGCCCUGUCUUGUGCCCUUAAGGUGCUAUGCACCACCGAUGGCUGUGCGGGCAUAGAACGUUUGCGUUUGGCCUGCGGUGGUCAUGGCUUCAUGACGGCAGCCAAUAUAGGCAAUAUUUAUGGCAAUGCCGUGGCCGCCUAUACCUAUGAGGGAGAGAACACAGUCCUAUUGUUACAAAUUGGCAGAUUUUUAAUGAAAUCGUGGUCAAAUUUGGUCGAAGGUAAACAAAUGUUAAGCAGUGUGGAAUAUUUGAGACAAGGACAAGAGAUGAACUCUUUCCAAAAAUGGGACAAUUCCUGGGAGUGUAUCAUUAAUGCCUUCAAAUACACUGCAGCACACAAAACUCGUGUAGCUUAUGAAAGCUUCUCGGAGAGAAUGAGGGCGGGACAAACACAGCCAGAAGCAUUUAACAACAGUGGCAUAGAGCUAACACAGGCAGCUGAGUACCAUGGACGUCAAUUUGUUGCUGAAAUUUUCUGCAAAGCUAUUACCGGUCCCCGCUCGUCGAGCCUUUCGCCACCCACCAAAGCUGUAAUGGAGACACUAGUCGAACUAUAUUUGGUUCACAUGACCUUAAGCCAUUUAUGUGAUAUUUUACGUUUCAUUCCAUUGACUGAAGCCGAUGUGAAAUCUUUGCAAAGACGCCUAGAAGUUGCAUUGCAGAAGAUUCGCCCAGAGGCUGUAGCCCUCACAGAUGGUUUUGAUUUUGACGACAGAGUUCUGAAUUCAGUAUUGGGUGCUUAUGAUGGAAAUGUUUAUGAGCGUAUCUUCGAAGCUGCCAAAAUGAGUCCAAUGAAUAAAAAACCAGUACAGGAUUCAUUUGAGAAGUAUUUGAAACCAUUCAUGAAGUCCAAUUUAUAAAUGUUUUUAUUUGGUUCUAUCUCUAUUGUUUUAUACCAAUUUGUUACUAUUAUGAAAGUUUAAUUUAUUGUUUUAUUGUUUUGUAUUAUAAAAGUAAAUAAGUCAUAUAAAAGGAUA